GGCGGGGCCGCGGGUGGGGGCGGGGGAAUCCCGCCCCGCCCCUCCUGCGCGGCGCAGACAUGGCGGAGGGUGGCACCGGCCGGUGAGGCGGUACCGGGCGGGGGCUGUCGGGUGUCAUGGGUGGUGGCGGCGGCACCACCCUCGCGAGUCCCUGAACAGGCCGGCAGGGAGGCCUCUGCGCCGAGCCGGACGAUGGACGAGAGCGGCGAGCUGGGCGGUCUGGAGACCAUGGAGACGCUCACGGAGCUGGGCGACGAGCUGACCCUGGGGGAUAUCGACGAGAUGCUGCAGUUUGUCAGCAAUCAAGUGGGCGAGUUUUCUGACUUGUUCUCGGAGCAGCUGUGUGGCUCCUUCCCCAGCGGCGGUGGAAGCAGCGGCAGCGGCAGCAGCAGCAGCAGCAGCAGUAAUGCGGGGGGCAGCGCUGGCGGAGCCGGGGAGCCCUCGAUGCAGCGCUCCUUCAGCCAGGUCCCAUUACCUUCCUUCUCUCCCUCAGCCACCUCCCCUCAGGCUGCAGCCCUGCAGGUCAAGGUUUCCCCCGCCUCGGUUCCUAACCCGCCAAGGGCAACUCCCGUUCUCCAGCCCCGCCCCCAGCCCCAGCCUCAACCUCAGCUGCAGCAGCAGACGGUAAUGAUCACCCCGACAUUCAGCACUGCUCCCCAGACGAGGAUCAUCCAGCAGCCUCUGAUAUACCAGAAUGCGGCUACCAGCUUCCAAGUCCUUCAGCCUCAAGUCCAAAGCCUAGUGACAUCCUCCCAGGUGCAGCCGGUCACCAUCCAGCAGCAGGUGCAGACAGUGCAGGCCCAGCGGGUGCUGACGCAGACGGCCAAUGGCACGCUGCAGACCCUCGCCCCCGCCACGGUGCAGACAGUGGCUGCGCCCCAGGUGCAGCAGGUCCCGGUCCUGGUACAGCCUCAGAUCAUCAAGACAGAUUCCCUUGUUCUGACCACACUGAAGACAGAUGGCAGCCCUGUCAUGGCCACAGUCCAGAACCCAGCCCUCACCGCCCUCACCACCCCCAUUCAGACAGCCGCCCUGCAAGUACCAACCCUGGUGGGCAGCAGUGGGACCAUUCUGACCACAAUGCCUGUGAUGAUGGGGCAAGAGAAAGUGCCCAUUAAGCAGGUACCCGGGGGAGUCAAGCAGCUUGAACCCCCCAAAGAAGGAGAAAGACGGACGACACACAACAUCAUUGAGAAGCGGUAUCGCUCCUCCAUCAAUGACAAAAUCAUUGAGUUGAAGGACCUGGUCAUGGGGACAGAUGCCAAGAUGCACAAGUCUGGCGUUUUGAGGAAGGCCAUCGACUACAUCAAAUACUUGCAGCAGGUCAAUCACAAACUGCGGCAGGAGAACAUGGUGCUGAAGCUGGCGAGUCAGAAGAACAAGCUCCUGAAGGGCAUCGACCUAGGCAGCCUCGUGGACAAUGAUGUGGACCUGAAGAUGGAUGACUUUAAUCAGAAUGUGCUUCUGAUGUCCCCUCCGGCCUCUGACUCAGGGUCCCAGGCCGGCUUCUCCCCCUACUCCAUCGACUCUGAGCCCGGAAGCCCUCUGUUAGAUGAGGCAAAGGUCAAAGAUGAGCCGGACUCUCCUCCCAUGGCGCUGGGCAUGGUGGACCGCUCUCGAAUCCUGCUGUGUUUCCUCACCUUCCUCUGCCUGUCCUUCAACCCCCUGACCGCCCUGCUGCGGUGGGGAGGGGCCCACGACUCUGACCAGCACCCAUCCUCGGGCUCUGGCCGCAGCGUGCUGUCCCUGGAGUCAGGUUCGGGGGGCUGGUUCGAUUGGAUGAUGCCAACGCUGCUCUUGUGGCUGGUCAAUGGAGUGAUUGUCCUGAGCGUCUUUGUGAAGCUGCUGGUCCAUGGGGAGCCAGUGAUCCAGCCACAUUCGCGCUCCUCCGUCACCUUCUGGAGGCACCGGAAGCAGGCAGACCUGGACCUGGCCAAGGGGGAUUUUGCCGCGGCUGCUGCCAACCUACAAACCUGCCUGUCGGUGCUGGGCCGGGCGCUGCCCACCUCCCGCCUGGACCUGGCCUGCAGCCUCUCCUGGAACGUGAUCCGCUACAGCCUGCAGAAGCUGCGCCUGGUGCGCUGGCUGCUCAAGAAGGUCUUCCAGGGCCGGCGCACCGCCCCGGCCGCCGCAGCGGGCCUGGUGGACGAGGCCAAGGCCAGCGCCCGGGACGCCGCCCUGGCCUAUCACAGGCUGCACCAGCUGCACAUCACAGGGAAGCUCCCCGCGGGAUCUGCCUGUUCGGACAUCCACAUGGCUCUGUGCGCCGUGAACCUGGCGGAAUGUGCAGAGGAGAAAAUCCCGCCAAGCACGCUGGUGGAGAUCCACCUGACUGCGGCCAUGGGGCUCAAGACCCGGUGCGGAGGCAAGCUGGGCUUCCUGGCGAGCUACUUCCUCAGUCGAGCCCAGAGUCUGUGUGGCCCCGAGCGCAAUGCCAUCCCCGACUCGCUGCGCUGGCUCUGCCACCCCCUUGGCCAGAAGUUUUUCAUGGAGCGAAGCUGGUCGGUGACGUCAGCUGCCAAGGAGAGUCUGUACUGUGCCCAGAGGAACCCAGCCGACCCCGUUGCCCAGGUCCACCAGGCCUUCUGCAAGAACCUGCUGGAGCGAGCUGUGGAGUCCUUGGUGAAGCCUCAGGCCCAGAAGAAGGCUGGAGACCAGGAAGAAGAGAGCUGUGAGUUCUCCAGUGCUCUCGAGUACCUGAAAUUGCUUAAUUCUUUUGUGGACUCUGUGGGGAUCGUGACCCCGCCCUUCUCCUGCAGCUCCGUGCUCAAGUCAGCCCUUGGGCCGGACGUCGUCUGUCGGUGGUGGACAUCUGCAAUCACUAUGGUCAUCGGCUGGCUCCAGGGAGACGACGCGGCUGUACGUGCUCAUUUUACCGAAGUGGAGCGUGUCCCCAAGGCCCUGGAAGUGACCGAGAGCCCCCUGGUGAAGGCCGUCCUCCACGCCUGCAGAGCCAUGCACGCCUCACUCCCCGGGAAGGCAGACGCGCAGCAGACUUCCCUCUGCCACUGUGAGAGGGCCAGCGGGCACCUGUGGAGCAGCCUCAAUGUCAGUGGGGCCACCUGCGACCCCGCCCUCAAUCACGUGGUCCAGCUGCUGAUCUCUGACCUGCUCCUGUCGCUGCGGACAGCACUCUGGCAGAAGCAGGCAGGAGCCAGCCAGGCCCUGGGGGAGACCUACCACGCGUCUGGUGCUGAGCUGGCUGGCUUCCAGCGGGACCUGGGCAGCCUGCGCAGGCUGGCACACAGUUUCUGCCCCGCCUACCGCAAGGUGUUCCUACAUGAGGCCACCGUGCGUCUGAUGGCAGGAGCCAGCCCCACCCGCACCCACCAGCUGCUGGAGCACAGCCUGCGGCGGCGCACUGCGCAGAGCACAAAGCACGGAGAGGUGGACGCCUGGCCCGGCCAGCGAGAGCGGGCCACUGCCAUCCUGCUGGCCUGCCGCCACCUUCCCCUCUCCUUCCUCUCCUCCCCGGGCCAGCGGGCGGUGCUGCUGGCUGAGGCAGCCCGCACCCUGGAGAAGGUGGGUGACCGGCGCUCCUCCAACGACUGCCAGCAGAUGAUCGUCAAGCUGGGAGGUGGCACCGCCAUCGCUGCCUCCUGACCACUGGGCCCUGCCCACCUUGGCCCACUGCCUCCCUGUCUCUCAGUCUUCCUCUUUCUCCUCUCUAUCUCUGUCUCUCCUUUCUCCUCCCCCCCACAUCUCUCUCUCUCAGUCUCUCUCUCCCUCCUCUCUUUGGGGGCUGGGGGAUGAGCCUUGUCUUCUGAGGUGUCACCUGCCAAGGCUGUUGGACCACCUCAGGCCAGUGGACCCCGAGCAAAGGCCCGUAUAGCUGAUGUGGGUAGAUGCAGAUGGUCCAGGGCUCAGUGGCCCUGAGAGGAAGGACGGCGGGGCAGGGAUUGGGGGGACCCUGACUUGAAAGCAGCAGGGGGAGCUCCAGGCUGCCCAGCCCUUCUGCAGCCCUCCCAGGAUUCUUUCUCUGGACGUCUCUCCCCCUUCCCUGCUUCCUUGUUUUUUAUCAGGCUUUCCCUCUGGGGGACACGGGUGUCUGGGCACCAGAGCACUUCACCCUUGGCACUGUGCCCAGCAUGCACUCUCCCCUUUUUUAUACGAAUGUUUUUAUAUCAGUGUGCUUGGGUUUGCCGUGAUUCAGGACUAAGUUGCUGUGGCAUCUUUAUUUCUCUCCCCGGGUCUGCGUUCCCUCCCCUGUGCCUGACAAAGCCAGUUCAUUGUUUUCUCUUUAUUACACAGGACAGCCAGGGGGGAGGGGAGCCCAGCCCUGGGGAGGCGGUAGGGAAGCAGGGGGCAAGCCUGGGGAUGGAUGAAAUAAUGUCGGCAUUAUUUUUUAAUUUUUUAAAAAUAAAUGGUAUCUUAUUUAA